AUGUCUUGGUUAUUAAUAUUAAUAUUAUUAUUUUUUAAUUGUGAUAUUUUGAUAACGACACAAUUAAAAUCCCAAUAUUCAGAAAAAUUAAUUGCCUCGGAUGUUGAUCCAUACUUUGAUACUUCUGUUCCAACAAAUCUCACUGGACUAGUAGGAAAAACCGCUUAUCUCAAUUGCAGAGUUAAAAAUUUAGGUAACCGAACGGUUUCUUGGAUCAGACAUAAAGAUAUACAUUUGUUAACAGUCGGACGUUACACUUAUACUAGCGAUCAAAGAUUUGAAGCCAUUCAUAGCCCACAUUCGGAAGACUGGACAUUAAGAAUAAGAUAUCCGCAAAAAAAAGAUGCUGGUAUAUACGAGUGUCAAAUUAGUACCACACCACCCAUCGGUCAUUUUGUACACCUUUCCGUAUUGGAGCCAAUAACGGAAAUAUUGGGGGGACCUGAUGUUUUCAUAAAUACAGGAAGCACAAUUAAUUUGACAUGUCUUGUCCGAUUCGCUCCUGAACCUCCAUCAACCGUUGUUUGGAAUCACGAUCAAAAAGUAAUUACCUUUGAUUCACCAAGAGGAGGAAUUAGUUUAGUAACAGAAAAAAGUUUAGUAACAACUAGUCAACUUUUAAUUCAAAAAGCAAAUAGAGUGGAUUCAGGGCUUUAUACUUGUCAUCCGUCUAAUGCAAAUCCUGCAAAUGUUCGUGUUCAUAUAUUAAAUGGUUAG